GUGUUAUAGCAGUACUCCAUCUAGUGGCUAAUCUUUGUCAUUUCAGCCAAUGACGCUUUUGACGCCAGUUGACACAGCGAUAUCUGUGCUGCGUCUGUCAGUGCGGCACAGCAGCCAGCAUCUCCUGUGUCAGCGCAGUGAAGGCACCUCUGAAGGAAAGGUAAGUUACGGGACAUUUAACAUUAUUAUCAUAAUACCUGCUGAGAGUAAUUCUGUAAAUAUACAGGAACAAGUGUUUUCCAAAUGGAUGUUUAUUCCAGGCACGUUUGUCAACGCUGUUAUGUAAGUACAUCAUAGUGAGGGUCGAAAUUGAUAGUUGAGUGCUGUGUGGUGUCGAUGUCGCGGUAAUUUGAUCAAGCCAAGUGCUGCCAAAAAGAGUGCAGUGGGGUGCGGAUUGGCACUAAACUGGUUUGCUUAUCGAAAGGCCUGUAUGGCGCAGUUUCUGCAGAUAAAUAAAUAUCCAACCUGACAAACAGGCGGGAAUCCUCUCUGUUGAUCACCAUCAUCAUCAUUAUUAUCCUGUCUCUGUCUGUCACCGAAAAAUAAGAGUGCUGUACGUGAAACCGUCUGCGAAGUGGAUGCUGAGAAAUGCAGACAUUUUUAGGACGCCCUCGGUCCCGCAGUGUAAUGGUCACUGCUUGUUUAUUGCGGCAUUGUCUUACAUUAAUGUAUUGUCCAAACAAUUUUACGACACAAACUUCUUCUGCAAGGACAUCCAUUGGGAUAGAUAUAAGUUAUUCAUUGUAUGCAGCCAUGUUACCCACAUACUCCAUUAUUAUGAGAACUCCGGGUGAGGGUUGUUGUCUUUAGAUACAAACCAUACAUUAUAGUAGAGAAUGGCUGACUGAAAAUACAACAAAUAUCCUCAAGGUAUGGAGCAGUGUCUGUUAUUAAUCCUGUAAACAUAGUGACAGAAUGUAACCUGACAAAGCCAAUAGUCAGAGAGAUUAGUCCUCUUCUUGAUUCUCAAGGUGACUCAAAUGUAAACAGGCAACAUUUCGAUGAAGAUGCAGUCAGAGAAAGUUGAGCUUUGCAGUCAAUGACGCUGACCGGGCAGAAUGGGCGCGUUCACGUGCUGAGUGCGCGCCCGUCACAAGGGAGAAUGACGUGACAGUUAACGAAUGUUGAGGUCUCGCGCGCUAACUAGCUUUUAGUUCAUCAUCACCGAGCAGGAGAGAAGACGGUAAGAAGAUUAAGCUCAGUUAAAGUAUGAAUUUUCACUCUAAUUUAUGAUUGAAUAGUGGGAAUUUGUUGUUAAUGUUUGUUUUUCAUAUUUUUUAUCUAAAACUUUCACAAAUUCCCUGAAUGAUUAAGCUUUUCCCCAACUUAAAAUAAGCUUUAAUUCCUGGAAAUUAGGUGGAUAUGGUCGUUAAAGGGGAAUGGCUUACUUUUCAUGCGAACGUUUAGAAAAUAACAGUGACAUCUUGUCUAAAUUCGUCUUUAACCUGUAAAGCACGGGCGCCAAAUGCUCUUGUUCUGUGUUAAAUUAAACUAGCUUGUUGGCUGGAAAGAGUACUGUAAUAAUAUACUGCAGUAAACGUAGUUUUACUGUCAUGAUAUUUCACUUAAAUAAAUGUAAAACUAUCAGUUCGUUAAUCUACUCCAGUAUAUGUAAAAGUCCUUUAUUUAGACAGACUUCAGUUACUAAAAGCUCUGCUCCCCACCUUUCCUGUCUCUUUUCAAUAAUAAAACGUAAAUAUGUAUAUAAUACUUCCUUUAAACCAGGGUGAAAGGUUACUUGUUACAUUUCCCUCAAGUACUAUUAUUGAGUACCUUUUGUGUGUACUUGUACUAAGUGUGUUUUUCAUCAGUUCAUUUAAAAUUUAUUUCAAACAUGCCAAUCGCUAAACUAAACGUUAUUUAAAUCUUAAUGUGCGUACAAUAAUGGACUUAUACUUGACUAUAGUUUUGAACUUUAACCACAAUAUUCGUUGUGUAUUUCAUUUCUUUGUGAAUGUUUUAAGAUGGCUUUGUAGAUAUCAGAAAUGAACUUGUUGCAAUGUUUUACAGAGUAAGAUAUGUUCCUGUCUUUAUUGAGUAAAAUGUUCACUCAAGUUCAGCACCUUUGUCAUUUGUAAGUAAUAGUAGAUUGUUGUAUUUUGUUAAAAACCAAAAAUAAAAAAGGCAGAACAACAAAGUGGUAUCUGCAUCAUAUAUCUGUCAUCCUGGGCUUUCAUUUUCCAACCUUCAAAUAUAACCCCUAAGUGAGCUUUUCUUCUUGUUUAAACAUCUCAUUACACUUGAAGAAAGCUGUAUAAACAAGACAUGCCAAGACAAACAUAAAUCGUAUUUCAAGAUAUUUCAAGUCAAAUUUCUUGAUAAGUUCCAUAAAGUGUGUACGACAGUCUGUUUGAGAAACUUUCGAUUAAAAUAUUGCUUGCUGCAUUGGCAUAACUUUUUUUACUCAUUACAGUCAGGUAAGUCCUUAUUUUUUUAGUUGUAAUAAAAAGUCUCUUUGCACAUUGAAGUAGGCUGUACUUUUACUCAAAAACACUUUUUUUUCUUCUCCUUUUCCCUUGGUUUUCAAUCUGUUGGGCUGGAGAGAGCAAGAUACACACUCCAAGUCAUACAACGUGAUAUUUUCCCCAAACAAAAUAUUGUAACAACUGGCAGCCUGACUGUCUGAAGUGAUUUUGACUAAGCAUCUAUUUAGGGUGAAAUUAUUGAAUCUUUUGGCUGUAUCUUUGUCAAUAUUACAAUUCGUUAUUGCUAGCCAAAAAUAAGGACCUCAUGGAUUGUAAUGAGUGAAACGACUGCCAAUGACGCACAACACUUUACUCAGAUGUUUCUCAAAACAAGGUUGGACAAUGGAAGCGUUAAACUUGUAGCUAUAACAUCCAAUGCUUACAUAAUUACUGUUUAUGCAUACAAAUUGCAGGUGCAUUGUCUGUGUGGGUGUCUGUGAAGAGGUGAUAGUCUUCCACAGGUCUGUCAUCUCUGUCCCAUUUAUGGCAGAUUGUUAAUUCUUAAUUCUUCCAGUAUCCAGCGGGCUGAGCUGCAAUGGGGAAGGAGAAACUCCACAUAAACAUUGUGGUAAUAGGACAUGUCGACUCAGGCAAGUCCACCACCACUGGCCACCUCAUCUACAAGUGUGGGGGCAUCGACAAAAGAACUAUUGAGAAGUUCGAGAAGGAAGCUGCUGAGGUACAUGACUCACACUGUUCUCUCUUGAAUUUAGAGUGUAAUGUUUUUUUUAUGCCAGUCUGUGUAGGUGCAGUUUGCUUUGCAUGUGUUACAGCACUGCAAUAGUAUUAUGUUCUAUUUAAAUAGAUGCUUUUUUUGAACAAGUAUGCCUAUCAACAGACCCACCAUCCAUCUGUUAAACAGAAGAGUAUUCUAAUUAUCAUGGUAUUUAGAUACUAACAACAUAGGAGCUUCAUUCAGAGAUGUGGACAUGUUUGAUUCCUUUUUAUUGUGGCAAUUUGAUUUAAAACAGACACUGAAAGCAUGAUUUCCGUAAAAAAAGUGCCAAAAAUGACCAUACCUUGUUUUGUUUAACACAGUGGUUUUCAAGUCCAGUCCUUGAGGCCCACUGUCCUGCAUUUUUUGGAUGUUUCCCUGCUCCAACACACCUGAUUCAAAUGAUCAGCUCGUUAUUAAGCCAUUUCAGAGCUUGAUAACGAGCUGAUCAUUUGAAUCAGGUGUGUUGGAGCAGGGAAACAUCCAAAACAUGCAGGACAGUGGGCCUCGAGGACUGGACUUGAGAACCACUGGUUUAACAUAAUAAAUUUCAGUUAUGAAUUGAGUCUUAUCAUUAUUACAAAUGACAUUUUUUUCUUCAUAAAAAGUGGUCUUUUUCCUAAAAAUUAGUGUUGAAAAGUUUGGGGAGACCGUAAUUUAAUCAGGUUUGUCUAAUAUUCAGAUAAGAACAGUAAUACAUAAAAUAACAAAUACUAACUGUAAAGAUUUCAACGAAUAAGUUCAGUGAUGUGUUAAAGAACAGUUAUAAAAAAGGGAAUGUUAUACUUCUUUACCUUUCUGUCCUUCCACAUCAUUUAGAUGGGGAAAGGUUCCUUCAAGUACGCCUGGGUGUUGGACAAGCUAAAGGCAGAGCGUGAGCGCGGGAUUACCAUUGACAUCUCUCUUUGGAAGUUUGAGACAAGCAAGUACUAUGUCACUAUCAUUGAUGCUCCAGGACACAGGGACUUCAUCAAGAACAUGAUAACUGGGACUUCCCAGGUAGGCCGGAAAAAUAAAUGUGUUGUAGAAAGAAUAAAGCUCUGAGGCAGACUGCCUCACUUCCCUCUCUUCUCACUCCCUCAGGCCGACUGUGCUGUGCUGAUAGUAGCUGCAGGUGUGGGUGAGUUUGAAGCUGGCAUUUCCAAAAACGGGCAGACCCGUGAACACGCCCUCCUCGCCUACACCCUUGGAGUGAAGCAGCUCAUUGUGGGCAUUAACAAGAUGGAUUCCACUGAGCCUAACUACAGCCAGAAACGCUAUGAGGAGAUUGUAAAGGAAGUCAGCACUUACAUCAAGAAAAUUGGCUACAAUCCUGACACUGUGGCUUUUGUCCCCAUCUCUGGCUGGAAUGGAGACAACAUGCUGGAGCCCAGCCCUAAUGUGAGUAUUAACAGAACAAUCUCAUAAAAGAACAAGUAGUUGUCAUAUAACCUGACCUCCAGCUUCUAUAAAAAUAUUUCAGUUACAUAGAAACGGUGCAUCAUAAGUGGGGUCUCUGUUUUUUUCUAAAUGAGACCCUCUAAAUUAUGGGGGUGCUUUCAGUCAGGAAUCUGCUGUAACACAAAAAAAAGCCACUUAACACAGACCAACAGUUGCCAUUCUUCACCAACAGUUGCCAUUCUUCAAACAGCAAGGAAAUCAAUCAAUCAGUCUUUAUUUAUAUUGUACCCAGAGGAAGUGUGUGGUGGUAGUGUGUAUACACAGAGAGUGUGCUCUCUGUCUGUAGUAGGCAUAUGCCGAUAUGAAAAAUUUGAUAUCACGAUAUUUGUGGCCCAAAAUAUCACGAUUCACAAUACUAUCACAAUAUUAGCGCAUUGCUUUUUACGUUAUUAAAAAUGGCAAAAAUUGCGAAAUCACUUCUCUGUCAAACAAUAUUUAUUCUUUGACAGGACUUAAGUAAACAACAAUGGCAACACCCCUGUAAACUGCCACAUUACGUUACGUUAAAUAUGUAACGUUAAAUAAAUAGCCACUAGUAAAUCUACAAGCUCUCAAGGCGACUCAACCGGAUGUGCUGCGAGGCAUGCACAGCAUGACACGCACAAACAAUAUGAGCAAGAGGCAGCUAACGCAACAUUGGGAGCAUUAGCUUUUUGGAGCUAAAGUUAGCAGAAACGUCACUAACGUUGUCAAUAAUAAGCAGUGGAGUAGACCAAACUUGUUGCAGUCAUGUUUUUUUUACCUUGAUUUAGGUGAACGAUGCUGGAUGGUGUUCACAGAGGUGGGCACGUAGGUUUGCAAUGUUAGACAACAGCGCUGCAACUUCCUUACGGCAUAACUUGCAGAUUGGUGUAAGGUUUACCUGCUUCGUCUGUUUUGUGAAGCCGUAAAUCGUCCAUACUGCCGAAGAAACCUUUUUAACAGGAGGAUACAGCCGAGACGUUUCGUCAUUCUCAGUCUCCGACUGUUCUUGGUCCGGCUGCAUCGUUACAUUGGUUGGAAGUUGGAACGCGUGCGUCAACUUUUUUUUUUUCUUCUCUAAACUGUUCACGGUUCACAGAGUGGACAUGCUCCAGUGCUUUGGGUGUCCGCAAUGCAUUGUGGGUGGCCACACAUUUUGUCAUAAAAUUUCUUCAUUUUCUCUUUUAAUGUUCCCGUUUUUGUUAGGCUGGCAUUAAUGUACUUAAUUUGAGAGUUUGUUUUUUAUUUGGAACUAGUUUUGUGGUGGUUUGUUUGUACAUUUUGCUCCUGAGGCUUUGACACCGUGGGUAAGACUACAAGUGGGUUAGGUUGGGAAGAACUUGGCUUCGUUCGCCUUCGCAGAGUGACGCUGCCAUUCGUCUAUAAAUUAUAAUUGUGGAACGAUUAUUACAGUACCCGUCGAUUUCAUCAUCGUGGCCGUUUAAUAUCGCAUAUCGCGAUUAAAUUGUAUAUCGGCACAUCCCUAGUCUGUAGGUUUGAAUUUUCCCACAAAGGUCGCUUUUUUAUGGACAUAAAUCAUUGUAUGUCGCUGUGAAUCUCCUCGUUAAUAGUAGGGUCUAGAAAACAUAGAGGAACUGGGUGACAUUACUGUCUCUGUUCUCUGCUCUUUGUCGUUCUGCAACAGACAUUGUUGUAAUGUGUCUACAUUAGAUGGAAUAAAAUGUCAGUAUUUGCUAACCUUUAAACCUGGGGGUAGCAGAAACAGAAGAUUCAGACAGGAGGAAGAAGUAUUGACUACAGCUGCAAGCAAACCCAAUCUGUGAUUUUUCUGCAUGAAAAAUCUCAGACUGUGUUUUUAAGUUCUUAAGAGGGUUAAGUCUUUGGAAGAUGUGAACGCAGCCAUCCCCAAACAAGAAGGUGUGCCCCAACAUAACAUUGUGAUUAUACACAUCAAGCCCGAUGCAAUUUUGCGACUUUCCGGGGGGGAAAAGACGCUUCCCAGGAGGAAGACUGAAACAACAGCAGACUGACUGUUUUUCAGUUCUGAUUAGACACGAGUGUUGGGAUGGCUGUCUGUCAUGAUAGCAUGUAGUCGGGGCCAGUACCAGAUAAGCACAUUAAACUAUAAUCCAUAAACGUAAGGUAACAACCGAGACCUAAUGAUGCAGUGACAGCAACGUGAUUGAGUUUGAGACAGUGAAAAUACAUAUGGUAUGUUGUAUCUGAACAGGUUAGCUUACGAGCUAAAGUUACUUAGCACAGAUGAAAGUUAAAACAAAGACGUUUAGCAAACUGUUAAAGCACACAAACUAUCAUUAUGGGAGAAAUCCGACGCUAUGACUCUCCACAAGUUAUCCUUCAGGUUGUUAUCUUUGUAAUAUUUGUGUCUUUUAUCAAAAAGCACUCUGUUCUCGACACGUAAACAAUCAGCCUGUCGGCCAUGUUGGAUAUACCAGUGAAUCUGACGUUACAACAACACGCAAUCUGAUUGGUCAGAAGUGGACACACAGUAUGCGAAACUUUAGAAAAAUCGACCAUGAUCUGAAAAAAUAAAUGCCACAAUAUCGCAGGAUGGGAAAACAUCACUGAUGUGAAUGCUUGUAUUGACAGGAUACAGGUUCAAAAAAAAUAUUGACGUCCGAAAUAACCGCACGAUAAUAACGGUCCCGUUGUGAAAGGACCUUAAAUAUACAUAUUUUUUCACAUACAUAAUCACAUUUAAAAGAUUUGCAUUGAACACUGUAUGCAGAGGCAAAGUGGCUGUUCAGUAUUUGAUUACCUGUGUCUGUUAUAGUGAAGUAUCACAGUAAACCUGCUUCUCCACAGAUGACCUGGUUCAAAGGCUGGAAGAUUAACCGUAAAGAUGGUAAUGCCUCAGGAACCACUCUGCUUGAGGCUCUGGAUGCCAUCCAACCUCCCACACGCCCCACUGACAAGCCCCUCCGUCUACCUCUGCAGGAUGUCUACAAAAUUGGAGGUAAGAUGGUGUCAGUGUGGGUGACUGUGAAGUUAAUACCUGUCAGCGCCCAACUUGAAAUAUGGAGGUAGGGCUGCACGAUAUAGGCCAGAAAUAAAAUCCAGAUUUUUUUCAUUUUUUUUUUAUUCAGUGACAACCUCACCAUACUUCACCAAAAAGUUUUUCUAUCAUCUCUCAAAACGAAACCACUAAAACGAUGUAGUGCAUAUGCCAAGCCAGUAAUUGGCGCUGUAAUGCUGCCAAGGAAAUGCACAAAAGACAGAAGAAGAGUACAGAGCAUGCGUAUAAAGGUUGUUUUAGCCGGACAGGCACAGACGCCGUAAGAGGGUUCUGCUAUGUGUCACAUAAUCAUCUCCAGAGAUGCAGAUAGGCAUCCACAUGGAGAUGAAAUGUUAGUCGUUUACGGGUUAUGCACUCUUGUACCCGUUUUCAAAAAGUACUGUUUACAGUCACCCUAAACGCCAUUUCCUUGUGGAUGAAACACCUAUACGACAAAAAACUUUAGCAUUUACUCCUGAAUUUGUUUCUGUGUGGACGGGUUGAUAUCGCCUUUAGACAGACUUUGCAGCGGUGAGUGGUUUGCUCUUCGUCCAAAACUGCAAAGCCAUACCAAUUCCACAUGACUGACUUGCCUUCCCCCUUUUUAGCCACGAAAUUAUCGCCUUCUUUUGUGAAUGCCCUGUUUGUUUCCACUGGUGUGUGUAGGAACUGGGGAGCACUCCCGCAAGAAUGGGGAGCCUAUGGUGGCCUGUAAGCGCGAGACAUAAUAGAGAGGAAAAUCAAUUUGACAAUUUAAAUUUUUUUUGACAUUGUCAUAAUUAAACAAUUCAAUUACAAUUCAAAAUCGAUUAAUCGUGCAGCCCUAUAUGGAAGUAUUUUAGUUACCAAGUUAAUAAUAAAUAUGCUAGAAAGAGUACUUUUGAAGUGAAAGCACCUUUUGAUUUAAAAGAGCAGAACUGAAUUAGCUAUAAACAUAAUUCCAACUGUGUACCCUAAUGCUAAUGUCUGCUUCAUUUCCCAGAAUAUAACAAACAUCUUUUUAAAGUUGCAAUCAUCAGAUAACUAAAACAAACCAGCACAUUUCUAAGGUAACCGAUUCUUUGCCAGGCAUUGGGACUGUGCCAGUGGGACGAGUUGAGACAGGAAUCCUCAAACCUGGCAUGGUGGUGACCUUUGCCCCUGUGAAUGUGACUACUGAGGUCAAGUCUGUGGAGAUGCACCACGAGGCCCUGACUGAAGCUCUGCCUGGUGACAACGUGGGCUUCAAUGUGAAGAACGUGUCUGUGAAGGACAUUCGCCGCGGUAAUGUGGCUGGAGACAGCAGGAAUGACCCACCACAGGAGGCAGCCGGCUUCACCUCUCAGGUCUGCAUACAGAAUCGAAUUUGAUACUGACCGAAAUGUCACUAUUAUCAGUUUUAGCAUAAUAAGUGUGUCUCUGCUUCUUCACAUGACUUAAUGUGUUGUCCAGGUGAUUAUCCUGAACCACCCUGGUCAGAUCAGUGCUGGCUACGCCCCAGUGCUGGACUGCCACACCGCACACAUCGCAUGCAAGUUUGCAGAGCUCAAGGAAAAAAUCGACCGCCGCUCUGGCAGGAAGCUUGAAGACAAUCCCAAGUUCCUUAAGUCUGGAGAUGCUGCCAUCGUAGACAUGAUCCCUGGCAAGCCCAUGUGUGUGGAGAGCUUCUCUGAGUAUCCACCACUGGGUAAGUUACCUGCCCCUCAGAGAGAUUCCUACACAUAGGUCAAAUAGAAGUUGUUUGAUCAAUUAUUGCUGCUUUAUGGGGUUUCGUUAGAUCAGUGGUUCUCAAGUCCAGUCCUCGAGGCCCACUGUCCUGCAUGUUUUGGAAGUUUCCCUGCUCCAACACACCUGAUUCAAAUGAUCAGCUCGUUAUCAAGCUCCGGCUUAAUAACGAGCUGCUCAUUUGUGUAUCUAAUGCAUUACCCCUAAUUUCCACCGCAUCCGGAACGGCUCCACUGCAGAACAGUGACAAUUUUGACCAUUUGCCGAUUCCUACCAGAUAUGUUUGUGAGGCAAAUUUCAUGGCAGAUAAGAGACAGUGGGAAUCGCAAGAACUCACAAGAACCUGCGGAUUCACAUGCAAUCCCGCGAUAAUGAGUUGUCUCUAUAAAGACAGCUACAUAACCAUAUAAGCAGUAGAUUGUGUCCUUUAAGGGGGGGAAAUCCACUUCUAGAUUUCUAGAAUCAUCACCUCCUCAUCUAUGGUGUUGUGGUGAAAUAAAGUCUGAAAACCUUUGACUUGUUUGUCCCUGCCGACAUUUGCAUGGUUGGAAAUAUGAUCCGCCUGAAACACUUAAUAUUUUCUUUUAAAAAGAAGCCGGAUGUUUUAUUUUGUGUCUGUGCCCAACUUCCCUUCCAGCAUGGGCUAAUCUGUGCUGAAUUUAUGUGGCAUGCUGCGGCAUCUGGAAAAAAAUAGAAAUCUGGCGAUCGGCUGUGGAGCUUGCUGAACCGCAGCGGAAUGGAAAGAGGCCAGUGGAAAUUGACAUUAACUUGAAUGGAAAUGAUCAGCUGUGAUCAGCACAUACGGCCUUUUCGCCGCUGUUCUGGAUGCGGUGGAAAUUUGGGGGUAAGGGGUUGCAGGACAGCUGCGGUGGCAAAAACCUCGAGACUGGCUGUCAAAUCCAUAACAUAGAUUUCAUAGUAAAACUCAUACAGUAUCCACUCCAAAUGUAGACCAUGGUUACUAAAGGAGUACACAAACCCAAAGCAAGUCAAAGACUAUCUCAGAUUUAAGUGACUUGCUGAUGACAAAAAUUAAAAUGCGAGUUAGAUAUUACUAAUAAACUAAUUUUCUGUCCAUCUUCCUUCCUCAGGGAGAUUUGCAGUCCGUGACAUGCGUCAGACAGUGGCGGUGGGAGUGAUCAAAGGUGUGGAAAAGAAAGCGCCCACUAGUGGUAAGAUCACCAAGUCUGCACAGAAGGCACAGAAGUCCAAAUGAACGUUGUGCUGGGCUGCUGCCCCAAACGCUCACCGUGACCGAAGACACAUUCGCACCCUGCACCUUCUGCACACCAUCGUUAGUGUCUGGUCUAUUAUCACAAUGCAUCGCAAAAGCAGACGUAGGAAAAAACUACUGGCGCAUGAUUAGCGAUGAACAUGUUAUCACUGUUAUAUGUCAGUUUUAUUGUCACACAGUUUGUGGAGUAACAACACAACACAUUUGCAUUAUUGCUCUCUGGUUGAGUGUUGUAGUUUGACGUAGGCAGCUUGUUCAUUUAGCCUACAAAAUUACUGGCUUUGGUCUAGUUUCAAGGCAGAUGGUUUUUUUGUUAAAGUAACGCCGUGUUCUAGCUUUAAAAUUGAUAUUCUAACUAGCCAGAGGUAGAUUGGCUUGUUGCAUGUUUGCACUUUAGAGAAACAAGCUACUGUAAACAUCCAAUACCUGAGAUCUUCAUGCGUAUCACUUUGCCUGACUUCGACUUCCUGGCAGUCGCACUGUUAAAUGUUACUUGUAACUCCUUUCCUGCUGUUGUUUGUGAGCAUUAAUUCAUAAAAGUAAAGAUGCUGAAACAGUAAGUCUUUGUUUUGGGUAUUAUUGUGAAAUUAAAACCAGGACCAGUUAAGAAGCCCUCUAUAGUUUUAAAAAGCAAAAAACAAACUCUUCAUUGAAUUUCUUUUAUUGAUGAAUGAGAAUAAAAGUUCACUUGCAUUUUCAUAACAUUACAGGCUUCAUAAAUCUAACUGAGAUUAUUACUAGUGUGUAAAUAUGUGCACAUAAUUUAAAUAAAUUAAACGAGACAGAAUGUUAACAUGUCAAAGGCCCGUUUUAUGCCCAGUAGCAAAACGAUUGCUGAAUCAAAAAAUUAGCCUCAAGUCAGAUUUACAUUUAGAAGAAGAGAAGAUGAAGACAGUGUAACCAUUUCUGUUCAAAUGAACCUAAUGCACUUUUCAGGAAACUGUCGAUAUGGAGAUGAUAAUGUACCACAAGAGCAAGGCACCUAUUAAAAGAAUGUACUACACAUUUUGUAGACUUCAUAUCAGAAAGGAGGUCUUUUCUUUUUCCGCUGAUGCAUCAGUUUGAACUAUAAAUAGUGAUAUGUCUUAAUGACAUGGCAUUCAUUCUCAGUUACUAAAAGGUUUGGAUAUGACAACCUCUUCAUGCAAAAUAUUUUUUAAAUAUCUUAAGGAAAUGAAAAUCCUCCUCUUAAAAGCAAAAUGACCCCAAGCCGCCUUCACAUAUAUUCUUGUUACUGAAAGGGGUCUUCAGUGAGCGAUGAGGUACUGCAAGCUGAUGGUGGUUACUCACCACUAAGGCGUUGGAUGCUUAAUGGUAGUAUCUACCAGCAGCUGGGGGUGCUAAAGUCAAUAUCUUGCAGCUGAGAGGGAAACACUGUCCCCUACCUGAUCCUCAGUAUCUGUACCAUGCACCAGGAAUACAUUCUGCAGAAAGUCCACUUUAAUGAAGCCAAAAUAAUCCCACAUUAUUUUGUAUGCAUAAAAAUUAAAAAUUGACCAUGAUUAAAAAAAAAAAACAAAAAAACAUUUUCCUUUCAUGUAAAAACAGAGCAGCAAAAUGCAAAGUACAAUACAAAGUAAAAUUUUCCAACAUUUCUCUCAGUGUAUCUGUUCUGAACCAAGACAAAGUGCUUUGCUAAAACACACAUUUAGACGACACAUCAAACCAAGUAGACAUUCAAGAUGAAUUUAUUUGUGGCUGUCAUCAGCUGGAGAAGUAAGUGUUUUGUGUUUUAGUAAUCUUAAAAUUGGCAACAAAGUGUUCCUCUAUCCAUUUCUCUGGACUGUACCUCAGAUCCUCCUUGUGUUGCACACAGCUGGCUUUUUGUGUAAAUCAACAUCUUUUGUGUAAAUCAGCCUUUACAGGCGUGAAUGUGCAUUGAACAAACAGCACCUAGUAUGACAGAUGACACGGUGGACACGUGUUGUCUUACAGUUUUGGUUAGCAACAGCAGCACUGAUUUCUGGCAUGCCCUGGGUUUGUCUUGCUGUCCUUACCAAUGAAAGGUCAUGUUUAUUAUGUAAGAUUUUUAAUGUAAAAUAACUCAUUCUGGAUAUUUUGAAAAUCUAGUCUUGUUCUGUCUUACACUGUCAGAGGUUUGAUAUGUAAAUUAGGUUGUGACUUCUCUUACUGGUCUUAGGUUAUCUGAGAACAGUUUGUAGAGCCUGGCUUACAUACUGCUUGGUUAACGAUGAGCAAGAGUGGGCCUUUAAUGCAGAAAACAAUGUACUGUGUGAUUUUGACAUCAUAGUACAAUAGUCAGACAAAUUAAUUGACGGCUGCCUCUCUGCUUAAUUUCAUUAUUAAGCCCAUUUAAGGUCAGGCUCUCAAUGUUUUAACUUAAUUAUAUAAAUUUGCUAACAAAAUAUGUAAAUGCAAACAUGUUGGCUGACUAUUCAAAAUCCAUUUUUAAGUCAUAUAAAUUAAUUCUGUAAAAAUGGCUUUGUUUUUUUUUCAGACAUGCACAUGCAUAGUUCUUAAAACUAGCUGCACAUAGAAGUACAGAGUGUAGAAAUGAGAAUAUUUAGUUAUGUCUUGCAAUCAGAUUUUAGAUUAAAACGCUUCCUGGCUCACAAUUUUGCACAAUACACAAUUCUGUAAUUGGCCACAAUGAAAUGUUUAUCAAGAUGCUAGAGGGUUAAAACGUUUCAUUGUAAAAUUUACAGUGUGCAGUAUUAUUGUAAAAAUUUUAAACAAAGUCAUUGGUAGAAUACUGCCAUUGCAGAAUAUAUGGAUUUAACAUUCACUUCACUUUAGAAGCGUGUUAUUCAAUCAGAUUAUUUAGAUGUGCUUUUGUUGUAUUGAGGAAAAGUAACCAGAUGGUGAAAAUGGACACGAUAAGUGUUCACUAACUGUGAAGCUAAAAGGGUUAGAGCUCCCUCUUCUGGAGGUCUGCAGUAUGAGACAGUAAGCCGCACUGCCUACUCCAGUGCUGCGUCCGAACUGCCCGCUCGGAUACUACAUGCUACUGCUACGUGCUACUGCUAGAUCCUACUCCUACAUACUAAAAACGUUGGCCCAAUUCGGACACACUAGACGAGCGGUGGGGAAAGACGACCCCCGCAGGCAGAGAGUAGGUACUGCGCCCGUGCAGACAGUGGUAACUGAAGCCCCUCAUCUGCGGGCCUGGCUGUAGUACUGCAGCUGUGCAGUUUAAUGAUGGAAUAAGUGAGCUUUACCUCCAUGAUGUCGCCACUUGCUCAUAAAAUGAUUACUUGGGCAAAUAUGACACCAUGACAUAACAAAGAGAUACAACCGCACAUUUUUUAGGACAGUGUGUGAAGUUACAUGAAACUUACAUCUGUACUGCAGCGGUCCCGCCUGCUGCUGCUGCUCCGACAUGGUGCGCGCUGCUGUGGCCAGCCGGCGUUCGCGACACUUUUAAAUAGGCAGAGCAGCUGGUGGCGCUAGCAUCACAUGCGCUUCUACAAUUUUUAAGAGGACGAAGAAGAAGCCCGCGGUGCAUUUUGGGUCAGUAGCAUGCCCGUAGGAUGCACCGAGACCAACCUACAAUGUGGGCGUGUCUAGCAUCUGAAGUAGUAUCUGAAGUAGCAUGCUACUCGCUCCGGUGGCCAAUUCGGACAUGCUAGAUACUACUUCGACUACUACUUCGACUACUACUUGGCAAUUCGGACGCAGCUCAUGUUAACAGAUGGGAUAUGGGUUAAAAGCAACCAACUCUUAAACAAGAGUUAUUUAACUUUUCACAGCCGUGCAUAUCUGCUAAAAAUCAACACAAGAAUCUUUUCUAUUGUAGAUUAUACCGGCCUGAAGGAUCUUCAAUGUUUCUUUGGUAAAUUCAAUGUGUUGUGGUUUGCUGAAAAGGUGGGGCAUCUGUCCUGCAACUUUACAAGCUAGAUUGCUUUAAUGCAAUCUCAAUAGACUGAGAGGAAGUGAUGUCCAUUUAAUGAAGAGUUAAUGGUCUAGACCAAAAGAGACAGUAGCUAUUGUCGAAAUGCAAUCAUUAAAUGUAUGCAUCACUUAAUAUCUGACAAGAAUUUAUCUUUGUAUUCAUGUCUACAAACAGACAUGUUCAUCAGAGUUCAGAUAACCUGCUAUACAUGUAGUAUCUUAACUCCAUCACCACAUUGUGUCCCAAAUUUCUUUUUGGACUGUAAACAAUCUCAAGUAAAGGAAAAAAAAAGGCUUAAAUAUGGCUUAUCUGUUAUCAGGACUUUCAAGGUUACCUGAAAUAUCGGCACUUGCCAUAAAGACUUAAUUGUUGAUGGAAAAGAAAACUAUAUGCUCAUCAAAAACCAAUCAUAAAUAGUGUUAUUUAAAACUAUGGACAUGAAACUUUAAAACUACAAACAAAAUUAAAGCCAUUCCUCAGCCCCUAAUGUGAGAAAAAUGUAAAGACCAAGAAUGAACUAGGGCCAGCGGGAGUCAAACUACUGCAAAUGUCUUGUAGGUCACAUAGUCAGGAAGCUUGUCUAGAAACUGAUGAUUUUUCAGGGUAUUAGCCCAAGAACAUACUGGUGCCUUCUUUUUGCCGGGUAUUCCGGUUUUAAAAAAGCAUUCAUUAGGACCACAUAUUAUUUCUGCCUGUUUAGUCCACUCCGUACAAUAGUUGUUACAUUUUUCUCAGAUGUCCAUGCCUUUUAAAGUUUUCAAGUGUAAACCCCUUUUUUUCUGUCUUUUCUCAGUACCUUUGACUAAAAACAUGCAACGCU